CGCGCGACACGCCUCCGCGACGAAGAUGCCGAAGCGCAGCACCCAGACGUACUCGUCCGAGGAUGCGCCUCAGACUGACGAAGACGUCAUCACCGUGUAUUACUGCAAGUACAGCGGCGACCCGGUCCUGAUAACCGAUGCGGUGUUGGGAAACCUUCCCAAGCGGCGGACCGAUGGGGCUCGCGUGCUCGACACGGAGAAGUACACCGUGCGGCUGAAGGCCCAGCCGGAGGUGAAGGCGAAGCUGAUCAAACGUGAGGGGGGCAAGCUGGAGAAGCAGUACAGGUACCUGAUGGGCGACCUGCCGGUGUGCUACAAGAGCGAGCCGGAGGGGAAGUACCUGUACCUCAUCGACGGCGCCCUUUCCGCGUUCAACUUUGGCAACACCGCAGGAGAGGGCGGGGAGACGCCGGUGCCGCCGUGCAUCCAGCAGACGGCUUCGGGGAUGAUUCAGAUCGCGAUAGACGUCGAGGACAAGGCGAGGACCAAGGCGGUGUCCAAGAUCACCGCGGACGAGGUCGGAGUCGCGCUCACCCUACCAGUCGGUCAGUGCGAUGACGAGUUGCUGGAGUUCCUCGGCAAGGUGCUGCAUCUCCGACUGCCGCAGAUGUCGCUGCUGCGAGGUUGGAGCACGCGUUCCAAGCUGUUGAUGGUGCAGGGUCUGAGCGCGACGCAGGUGUACGAGCGGCUGCACAAGUCGAUGGAGGAGAACAGGAAACGAAUCGAGCGACUCGUCAACCUACACUCCGCCGACAACAAGUGGUUGAACAAGCCGGAGGUUGAGAAGCUGGAGUCCAUCGAUCCGGAGCUGGCGAAGCAGGAGAUUCGGGCCAAGGAUGACAUGGACGCGUACGAUAAGUUCAGGGUCAAGGGCGGGGCGGCGCAGCACAGAGAUCCGUUCGCGCAGAAGGAGUCGGGACCCACGAACAUUUACAAGACCCAGAGCAAAACCGCGGGUUCCAACUGGAACGACACCAAAAUCUAGCUAGAUAGAAAUGUUAGCGCACGCGACAUCAUGUAUGGUAGU